CUCUCCGUUAGCAAUUUCGAGGAGCUGUUGAAGCGUCGAUGGGCGUGCAUUACCGAUGAUGACAUCGUGGCUCUGGCAUCCAACGAGGAGCCAAUUCAUACGCAAUUUGUGUUUGAAUUUUUCGUCUAUCUCGCCCCGGUGGUAAGGCCUAUUGAUGGGAUUCGUCGGGCCACGGCGGAUCGAGUUCGUGCCGCGGCAGCGGAGAUCGUGACUUUACAGGCAGAAGGUAGAGAGCAGUUCGGACCAAUUGCCACCCACCAUUUAGCUAUCCACCGCGCCCGCCAACCUGAAGGCACUCCGUUUGCGAUUCCUGAGGACAAUACGAUGCAACAAGCAAGAGCUCUAGAUGCAGCGGUAGCAGCGUUGGAGGAUACUGCUGCCGAACCGGAGGAAGAUGUCGUGGAAAUUGAAGUCGAGCUCUUUGGCACGUGGGUGAAGAUGCGCGUGAAGCGCUCGACCCUACGAGAAGCGGUGGGCCUCCCCCAACACGACAUCUUUACCAGAGGGAUUUUCCACGGUUUUCGCCCCGAAGCCAUGAUGCCACAAGGUGAAGACGUCCCGGAUGAAGACCACCAAAUGUCUGAAAACUAA